AUGCUGCUCCCCCGCCUUUAUAGAUCCUUCUCCUCCGGGCUCGCGUCCUUGUUCUCGUCUUCCCCUCCCGACCCAGUAAGCAUCCCCACAUCUAUUUCCAGUACGGCCGCUCCAUCUUCAUCCAAACCAUCUGUACAUCAGCGCAAACUCAUGGCUGCCAAAGACCUUGUUGAGACCGCCGUUUCCGAUAGCACGAUCACCAUCUUCUCCAAGACUUGGUGCCCAUACUGCAAGCGAGCUAAGCAGCUGCUCACGACCAAGUUUCCGAAUGUUCCCACAAAAAUCUUAGAACUAGACGAGCUAGAUGAAGGAAGUGAGAUACAGUCCUAUCUCGCAGAGAAGACCGGUCAGGGGACCGUACCUAGCAUCUUCAUCAACCAGAAGCACGUUGGUGGAUGCGACAACGUUGUGGGUCUCGACUCGCGGGGAGAGCUUGCGAGUCUUGUUGCAGCGUGA